AUGUCGAUAGCAAGCAAACGACGAUUCGUAACGAAGCAAGUUGAAAGUGAAUAUGUCUUGCCAGGAAAGGGUGAAAUUAUCGGUAAGGUGCUCGCCGGCAGGGGCAAUAAUCUUCAUGAGGUAGAAGAUGCAAAUGGUGAAAAGUAUUUGGCGAGUAUGCCAACAAAAUUCCGGAAAUCCGUUUGGGUGAAACGUGGUCAAUUCGUGUUGUUACAAGCGAUCGAAGAGGGUGAUAAAGUUAAGGCGGAAAUAACGAAUGUGUUGGACGAUGAGAAUGUUUUGCAUAUUCGAGAAGAGGAACUUUGGCCGCAACGGUUCGAGCAAGACGCAGAAAAGUUGACUCGUGAAGCGAAACGUCAUGUGAAUGUGGAAAAUAAGAAGCAUCAAGUGAUCGAUGCGGAUAUGCUACCACCAAGUGACAGUGAGAGCAGUGAGGAAGACGAAGACGAGGAAGCUGAAGACGAUCAGGAUAGCGCCGAUGAUAAAAGUAAUUUGGUGUCAUUUGGUUUCAAUAAAAAAAACUUCAUGUUAACCUUUUUUUCAGAAAAACCUAAUGAAACGGGUGAUAAUACGGAUUCAGACGGAAGCGGGAGCGAUGCAUCAGGAGAAGGACAUCAUGAUGAGGAGACUUCUGACGAAGAAGACGGAGGUGGUGAACGUCCAAUAAUUGAUGUCUAUAAUCCAAAUCGAAUCAUCAAGAAUCAAUAG